AUGACGUCCCCACGUGCGUAUUCUCAAGGAAGACGAGACCCUGAAAGCAACAAGGGCAAAGGCGUCAAUUUGAACGUUGUGCUGACGUGCCCCGAGUGUAAGGUUUAUCCUCCGGAGUUGAUAGAGCGUCACAGUGAUGGUGAUAUCGUGUGUGCACUAUGCGGAUUGGUUUUGAGUGAUCAUUUAAUUGAUUCAAGGUCCGAAUGGCGUACAUUUAAUAACGAUGACCAGAACGGUGACGACCCAUCUCGUGUUGGUGAAGCCUCUGCUUCCGUUUUGGAUUCUGACCAGCUUUCUACGGUUAUUUCAAAUAGCCAGGAAGGUGGCCGAGUUGCAAGGGAGCUUAAUAGAACUCAGGGUAAGUCUGUUGCAGAUAAGAAAGAUCACGCCUUACAGACUGCGUAUGCCAAGAUUAGUCAGAUGUGCGAUGGUUACCAGCUUCCAAAAGUUGUCCAAGACGGCGCAAAGGAAGUUUACAAGCUUGUGUACGAUGAUAAGAUGUUGAGGGGUAAGUCUCAGGAGAGUAUCAUGGCUGCUGCUAUUUUCUUAGGCUGUAGAAAAGCCAGUGUUCCACGUUCGUUUAAGGAGAUUUGGGCGUUGACUAAUGUUCCCCGGAAGGAGAUUGGCAAGACUUUCAAAGUCAUCAACCAGAUUAUCCGGAAGAAGAACGCUGAGCACGGUGGCUUGAUCACCUAUCAAAAUGAUAACAUCGCAACUACGCAGACCAACCCAGAGGAUUUGGUCGGCCGUUUCUGUUCGCAUCUUGGUCUCACGCCACAAAUUACCAGUUCUGCAAGGCAUAUUGCUCGUAAGUUGAGGGAGGUUGGUGUUUUGGAGGGUCGUUCACCAACAACCAUUGCGGCUACUGUCAUAUACUUUGCCACGCUUCUUUUCAAGCAGCACAUAUCAUUGCAAAGAAUAUCUGAGAAGACGGGUGUCUCCGAGGGAACCAUUAAAUCUUCUUAUAAACAACUUUGCACUGCAAAAGAGCAACUGGUCGAUCCAAGCUGGAUCGAAUCAGGCAAAGUGAACACCGAUGUUUUGCCUGCUAAGAAGACGGGCGAGGUCGCAAACUAA